AUGAGACCUGAACAAGAACAGGAAUUGGCUUACACCUUAAUGGUGGAGCUUCUGGCCUACCAGUUCGCCAGUCCCGUUAGAUGGAUUGAAACCCAGGAUGUGAUUCUCUCCCAACAUUCGGCGGAACGACUUGUUGAAAUUGGUCCCUCCGACACUCUUGGCGGCAUGGCCCGGCGCACUCUUGCAGCGAAGUAUGAGGCCUAUGAUGCUGCCCAAUCUCUCCAGCGUCAAAUUCUUUGCUACAAUAAGGAUGCAAAGGAAAUCUACUACGAUGUCGAACCUGUUGAAGAGGAGGAAACCCCAGAAGUUCCUGUGGCCUCGUCCUCAGCACCUGCCAAUGCUCCAGCAGCGUCAGCUCCCGUUGCUGCUGCUGCCCCUGCACCAUCCUCAGGCCCAGCUGCUCAGGUUGCCGAUGCACCUGUCCAGGCCGUAGACAUUGUGCGGUCACUCAUUGCACAGAAGCUCAAAAAAUCUCUGGCGGAAAUUCCAUUAUCAAAAGCCAUCAAAGAUUUGGUCAAUGGUAAAAGUACAUUGCAAAAUGAAAUUUUGGGAGAUUUACAAAAGGAAUUUGGCAAUACCCCCGAGAAACCGGAGGAUACCCCCUUGGAUGAAUUGGGUGCGGCAAUGCAGACCACAUUCAACGGCCAGCUCGGCAAGCAGUCAAGCUCGAUGAUUGCUCGUAUGAUUUCUUCCAAGAUGCCUGGUGGUUUCAACAUCACAACGGCAAGGAAAUACCUCGGGGACCGAUGGGGUCUUCAGUCAGGACGACAGGAUGGUGUCUUGCUGAUGGCAAUUACAAUGGAGCCAGCGGCAAGAUUAGGAAGUGAAAAUGACGCAAAGGCAUUUUUAGACGACGUGUCGGCAAAGUAUGCUAUUGCAUCCGGUAUCUCCCUGUCUGCGCCCGCAGCUGGAGGUUCUUCCGGCGGUGGCGGUGGUGGAAUGAUGAUGGAUCCUGCCGCCAUUGAUGCUUUGACCAAAGACCAAAGGGCAUUGUUCAAACAACAGCUUGAGCUCCUGGCAAGGUACCUGAAAAUGGACCUUCGCUCUGGAGAUAAGGCAUAUGUUGGCUCUUUGGAUACCCAGAAAGUUUUACAAGCACAACUUGAUCUAUGGAAUGUCGAGCACGGCGAAUUCUACGCCUCGGGAAUCGAGCCUUCAUUCUCGCCACUCAAGGCCAGAGUUUACGAUUCAUCAUGGAACUGGGCUCGACAGGAUGCACUCCACAUGUACUUCGACAUUGUCUUUGGCCGCCUGAAGCUCGUUGACCGCGAAAUUGUUUCACGAUGUAUUCAUAUCAUGAAUCGCUCUAACCCCACGUUGCUCGAGUACAUGCAAUACCACAUUGAUCACUGUCCCACUGAACGUGGUGAGACAUACAAGCUUGCAAAGGAACUUGGGGAGCAGCUUAUUGCGAACUGUCAGGAGGCACUUGGCACGGCUCCCGUUUUCAAAGAUGUUCAAUACCCUACCGCCCCUCAAACCACUAUUGACGCCCAGGGUAACAUGUCAUACGCCGAGGUUCCACGACCUGCGAUUCGAAAGCUUGAGCACUACGUUAAGGAAAUGGCUGCUGGUGGAAAACUGAGCGAGUAUGGAAACCGAACGAAGGUUCAGAACGACCUUGCCAAGAUUUACAAGAUCAUUAAACAGCAACACAAAAUUACAAAAUCCUCGCAAAUGCAGAUUAAAACACUCUACGCAAACAUCUUCAAGAGUUUAGCAAUGAAUGAGGCCCAAAUCCUCCAUGAGAAGGGUGCCAAUAAUAAGAAAAACAACAAUUCAGGGAAGGGCAAGGUUGAAUGCAUUCCAUUCCUUCAUUUGAGGAGGAAGGAAGAUCAUGGCUGGGAGUACUCGAAAAAGUUGACUGGAUUAUACUUGGAUUGCUUGGAACAGGCUGCUGCCUCCGGUGUAACAUUUGAUGGAAAGAAUGUUCUUAUGACUGGUGCUGGUGCUGGUUCUAUCGGAGCUGAGGUCUUGCAAGGGCUCCUCAGCGGUGGCGCCAGGGUCGUUGUCACUACUAGCAGAUUUUCUCGUGAGGUUACUGAGUACUACCAGACUAUGUACACGAAGUUUGGAGCCCGUGGUUCUCAAUUGAUUGUUGUACCAUUCAACCAAGGUAGCAAGCAGGAUUGCGAAGCUCUUGUAAACUGGGUCUAUGAUGCAAAGAAUGGACUGGGAUGGGAUUUGGACUUUGUUAUUCCCUUCGCCGCUAUUUCUGAGAAUGGCCGUGAAAUCGAUGGCCUCGACUCCAAGUCCGAGCUUGCGCACAGAAUCAUGUUGACAAAUCUUCUCCGUCUCCUUGGAAUGGUCAAGACAAAUAAAGCCUCUCGUGGCUACGAAACCCGUCCUGCACAGGUCAUCCUUCCUCUUUCUCCCAACCAUGGUACCUUCGGUAACGACGGCAUGUACUCUGAAUCCAAGCUAGCUUUGGAGACAUUGUUCACCCGAUGGCACUCCGAAUCAUGGGGCAACUACCUCACAAUCUGCGGAGCUGUUAUCGGAUGGACCCGUGGUACUGGUUUGAUGGGUGGCAACAACUCUAUCGCCGAGGGUGUUGAGAAACUUGGUGUCCGUACCUUCUCUCAGCAGGAAAUGGCUUUCAAUCUCUUGGGUCUGAUGGCUCCAGCUGUCGUCAACCUCUGCCAAGUCGAGCCAGUCUUUGCCGAUCUUAACGGUGGCUUCCAAUAUAUUCCCAAUCUUAAGGAGGUUUCUGCCCAACUCCGUCAGAAUCUGCAGGAGACUUGUGAGGUUCGCAAGGCGGUCACCGUCGAAACUGCCAUCGAGCACAAGAUCGUCAACGGCGAGGAGUCGGAGAAACUCUACCAAAAGGUCACUAUCCAGCCGCGUGCGAAUAUGAAGUUUUCAUUCCCGGAACUUCCAGAUUAUAAAAAGGAGAUUGAACCUUUGGCUGCAGACCUCCGUGGUAUGGUCGACUUGGAGAAGGUUGUUGUUGUUACCGGAUUUGCUGAGGUCGGUCCCUGGGGUAACUCUAGGACUCGAUGGGAGAUGGAGGCCUACGGUCAUUUUUCGCUCGAAGGAUGCAUUGAAAUGGCUUGGAUCAUGGGUCUCAUCAAGCAUUUCAAGGGACCAAUCAAGGGCAAACCAUACUCUGGUUGGGUCGACGCUAAAACAAACGAACCUGUUGAUGACAAAGAUGUCAAAGCCAAGUAUGAGAAGCACAUCUUGGAACACUCCGGUAUCCGUUUGAUUGAGAGCGAGCUUUUCGGUGGCUAUGACCCUAAAAGGAAGGAAUUGCUCCAGGAAGUUGUUAUUGAGCAAGACUUGGAACAAUUCGAGACCAGCAAAGAAAAUGCACAAGAAUUCAAGAGACAACACGGUGAUAAGGUCGAGAUCUUUGAGCUUAAGGAGACCGGUGAGUAUACUGUGCGCCUAAAGAAGGGUGCGUUGUUGUACGUUCCCAAGGCAUUGAAAUUCGACCGCCUUGUUGCUGGCCAGAUCCCCGCCGGGUGGGACGCCCGUAGAUAUGGCAUCCCCGAAGAUAUCAUCACCCAAGUCGAUCCAGUUACUCUUUAUGUCCUUGUCAGUGUUGUCGAGGCUCUUUUAGCGUCUGGUAUCACCGACCCGUACGAAUUCUACAAAUACGUGCACUUGUCAGAGGUUGGUAACUGUGUUGGUUCUGGUGUUGGAGGUGUGAGCGCUCUGAGAGGGAUGUACAAGGGCAGAUGGCAAGACAAGCCGAUCCAGAAGGAUAUUUUACAGGAAUCUUUCAUCAACACCAUGUCUGCGUGGGUUAACAUGUUGCUUCUCUCCUCUACAGGCCCGAUCAAGACUCCUGUCGGUGCUUGUGCUACUGCUGUCGAGUCACUUGAUAUUGGUUAUGAGACUAUUGUUGAGGGUAAAGCAAGAGUGUGCUUCGUUGGUGGUUUUGAUGACUUCCAGGAGGAAGGCUCUUACGAGUUCGCCAACAUGAAGGCCACGAGCAACGCUGAGGAAGAAAUUGCGCAUGGAAGAACCCCAGCUGAAAUGUCCAGGCCAACUACCACUACCAGAAAUGGUUUCAUGGAAUCCCAGGGGUGCGGUGUUCAGCUCAUUAUGAGCGCGAAGUUGGCGUUGGAGAUGGGUGUUCCAAUCUAUGGUAUUGUUGCGCUAACAGCGACUGCCACCGACAAGAUUGGACGUAGUAUUCCUGCUCCUGGUCAAGGUAUUUUGACUACCGCUCGUGAGGCCAGCAGCAAAUUCCCAAGCCCCCUCCUAGAUAUAAAAUACAGGAAGAGGCAACUCGACAUGCGCAAGGCUCAAAUCAAGCAAUGGACCGAGUCCGAACUCAUGUAUCUCCAAGAGGAGGUCGCUGCUAUGAAAUCUCAGGGUACAGACUUCGACGAGAGCGAGUACAUGCAGGACCGUGCUGGCCACAUUGAGCGCGAAUCUCAGAGGCAGGAAAGCGAGGCUCUGAACGCGUGGGGUAACAACUUCUGGAAGAAGGAUCCCAGAAUUGCGCCAUUGAGAGGAGCCUUGGCUACAUGGGGCUUGACGAUUGACGAUUUGGGCGUUGCCAGUUUCCACGGAACCAGUACUAAGGCCAAUGACAAGAAUGAAUCUGAUGCCAUUCAGAAGAUGUUGACCCAUCUAGGAAGGAAGAAGGGCAACGCCAUCCUGGGUAUCUUCCAGAAAUAUCUCACUGGCCAUCCUAAGGGUGCUGCUGGUGCCUGGAUGAUGAACGGAGCUAUUCAGUGUUUGAACUCUGGUCUCGUACCAGGCAACAGGAAUGCAGAUAACGUCGACCAAAAGUUGGAACAGUUCGAUUACAUCCUUUACCCAAGUCGAAGCAUCCAAACCGAUGGUAUCAAGGCAUUUUCAGUCACUUCCUUCGGUUUCGGUCAGAAGGGUGCUCAGGCCAUUGGUGUUCACGCUAAAUAUCUCUUUGCCACUCUGGAUGAGCAGACAUAUGAGGCGUAUAAAGCUAAGGUCAACUCUCGAUACAAGAAGGCUUACAGAUAUUACCACACCUCACUUGUUGAAAAUAACAUGUUCCAAGCCAAGAACGACCCGCCAUACACUGCCGACCAGGAGACUCAAGUCCUCCUUGACCCUCUUGCCCGCGUACAGGCCGAUAAGAAGACCAACAGUUACAUGUACCCCGCACAGAUCCAGAAGAAACCCGCAGAUCCGUCGGUGGAGAACACUCGCAAACUUGUUGAGAACCUUGCUAGUGCUACGGCAGGUGAUAAUAGCAAGAUUGGCGUUGAUGUUGAAUUGAUCUCCAGUAUUAACAUCGAUAACGAGAAUUUUGUCGAGCGCAACUUUACUGUUGCUGAGCAGGAGUACUGUCGCAAAGCCCCGAGUGCGCAAGCGAGUUUUGCUGGGAGAUGGAGCGCGAAAGAGGCCGUGUUCAAGGCGUUAGGUGUUGCGUCAAAGGGUGCUGGAGCCCCAUUAAAGGACAUUGAAAUUCUGAGUGAUGAUAAGGGUGCUCCUGUCGUUCAAUUGCAUGGCGAUGCCAAGGCAGCAGCAGUUAAGGCUGGCGUGAAGGCGGUGCAAGUUAGCAUCAGUCACAGUGAUGCUCAAGCUAUCGCAAUUGCGGUAGCGAAUUUUUAA